AUGGCCCUCACCGCGCGCACAGCAUCUCUCUCGCGGGUAACAAACGAAACCAAGAUCCAAGUCUCACUCAGUCUCGACGGCGGCGUCUUACCCCCCUACGAGCCCUCCACCCACUUCUUACCCCCCAGCGACCCGCAAGAAGCCUCCGCUGCUAAAAAUGGCAUUGUGCCGCCCAAGGAUGCCGGGCAUGCGACGCAAUUCACGGCGACCCAGCAGAUCACCGUGAGCACGGGGAUCGGGUUCCUGGAUCAUAUGCUGCAUGCGAUGGCGAAGCAUGCGGGGUGGAGUUUGGCAGUGCGGGCGAAGGGGGAUUUAUACAUUGACGACCACCACACAACAGAAGACACAUUCCUCGCCAUCGGCUCGGCGUUCACGCAAGCCCUAGGCGCACGGCAGUCCCUCACGCGCUUCGGACGCGGCGAUGCUCCCCUCGACGAAGCCCUUUCGUGGGCCGUGAUCGAUCUAUCCAGCCGACCCUGGGCAGUCAUCGACCUGGGAUUCAAGCGCGAGAAGAUCGGCGACCUCAGCACCGAGAUGAUCACGCAUGGCUUGCAGAGCUUCGCCCAGGCGGCGGGCGUGACCCUUCAUGUGGGCUGCACGUAUGGCGAUAAUGACCACCAUCGCGCGGAGAGCGCGUUCAAGGCGCUCGCUGUUGCGAUGAGGACGGCCUGUACGAGGAGGAGUGUGGGGGAGGUUGGGGCAGGGGAUGUGGUUAGUACUAAGGGAGUUCUAUAG